GCUGCCUGCCCGCCUUCGGUCGCGUGUGCGAUCCCUCCCUUCUUAGCCCCUCAGAUUACCGGGAUAGCCAUUUCCCGUGGGGAGGGACUGGAUUAAACAGAACCGGCCGAGUCAAUAGCGAGAAGCACCGCUGCUCUGUGCGCCCUCCGCCUGGCAGAGGCGACUAUGGCACAGGCUCAGAGGUUGGGGAGGAGAUACAUUAAAGCCUUUUUUAAAGGUUUCUUUGUUGCCGUUCCUGUAACUGUGACUUUUCUGGAUAGAGUUGCCUGUGUCGCAAGGGUGGAAGGAGCAUCAAUGCAGCCUUCUUUGAAUCCUGGGGGAAGACAAGCAUCUGAUGUAGUACUCUUGAACCACUGGAGCAUUAGAAAUUAUGAUGUACAACGUGGGGACAUUGUGUCACUGGUGUCUCCUAGAAAUCCUGAACAGAAGAUCAUUAAACGAGUGAUUGCUCUUGAAGGAGACAUUAUUAAAACCAUUGGAUACAAAAAGAAGUAUGUGAAAGUUCCACACGGUCAUAUUUGGGUGGAAGGAGAUCACCAUGGGCACAGCUUUGACAGCAACGCUUUUGGUCCUGUUUCUCUUGGUCUCCUCCAUGGCCGAGCCACUCAUAUUCUCUGGCCCCCACAGCGCUGGCAGAAGCUGCAGCCGAUGCUUCCUCCGGAGCGCAAGCCGCUCCACAGGGAGCAGGAGUGACCUGAGCCUUCAGGCAGGAAACCACUGACGUGAAAUUCAACCAGAAAGAGUUCCAGUGGUCUUACCAUCACCUGUAAGAGCUUUGCCAUGUGCUCUGACAUCAGUGUCAACAAAUACAUGUGACGUCUAAAUGUUACAAUGCCGCCAGAAAUUCUUUGUGUUUCAUUUGUUUGCUUGUUCUAUUGUUUGGUGGGUUUUAAAAAUUUCCAACAUUAGGGCAUUGUAUAUUAAUUCAGUUUGAAAUAAUUGGUUGUAAAAACUGAAUGUUCAUUUUUUUUUCUGGAAGCAGUAACAUGCUUGGCUUAUGUCUGUACCUGUGCUUCUCUGGACAAGAAACUAUUAAAAACUUCGAUAAACUA